UGUCUAUGUUCCAUACAGUUUCAAAAGCCCGUGAAAAACAAUUUUUCUUGCAAUAUGGCUCAAAUGAAAGAAGAAUAUCUUCCUAGAACCAUAAAACAUUUGUGCUGUGUCUAUCUCGAACAACUAAAUGAAUGUUCCAGGCAGCUGCAGAGGGAAUCACGGCGACUCGAGGCACUGGAGCGGCUGAGCCAGCGAGAAGAGGCUGCACUGGGUGAAGUGAAAGCAGCCCUCGAGUAUCGUGUGAUAUCGUUGGCAUGUCUGGUGCCCAUCAAAGUCCGAGCACUGCUGGAGCAAUACGAGCAGUGCAGGCUCGAGUACGACCGAGUCAUGGCCGCACCAUUGCACAUUCCUAACAUCGUCAGCUGUACAACAUCAGGCACACUUCUGGCCACGCUGGUGGAGAAGAUGCGAUCUCAAAAUUUAAUUAUCAAGAGCCAUUUCAACUCCAUGCUGUGCCACAGCUUCUGCAUCGGCCCGGCUGGUCAUGUGUAUCACCAGUGCAGCAUGAUGCUUGAACGCCUGUCACGUGCUGAUGAGAGCCUGCGCAGCUAUGCACACACCCACCGUGCACUGAGCCUACUGCGGGCGCUGGACACGGCUCUGAGCACGGCCAGCGACACGUUGUACCCACUUGAGCCGGCACCCGAAGCUGAUGAGAGGCUGGGCGAGAGUGGCCCCUUCAUGCCGCUGGUGCGCUUGCUUUCCGGCCAGCUGCUAGGCGAGGAGGAGGUGACUUGUACGGAACCAAGCGUGCGAGAGGAGAGAGUGGCCCCCGUACUGCCUCCCCCGCCUGCAGUGGGACUGCCACCCGUGGUACGCUGCCUGCUGGGAGCUGCUCCACGCAUAAUUCGGGUGCUAUGUCCUGCACAACCCUCCCUCCAGCCCAGGUGGCAGACACGGUCUCACUGCGUGGGGAAGCUGCCGAGCUACAGCUGCUGAGCGCUACAGGUCAUCCGCUCCCCAGCCAAUGCUUGAGCUGCCUUCUAUGUGGUUUGCAGUAAUAAAGUGCGCAAGAAAGAAUA